CACGCAUCGGGCUUUAGCAAGAACGUUCCUAGCGUGAACGAGAGCGAGAGCGAGAGCGAGAAACACAAAGUAAAGAGAGGAAAAUAAGAAAAAAAAAAAACUCAAAAGGAAAGAGGAAGAUACAAAGAUAUAUAGAGAGAGAGAGGGUUCAAACCUUUGUGCGUCGUUGCUUGGACAAGAGAAAAAACCCUUCCGAGUCAACUCGGACGAGUUGCCUCAUCGUACGGUUCCGUCCUCGGAGUCGGUCCUCUUCCUCAACAUAAUCCUCAUUUUUUCAUUUUCCGACCGAAUCAGCUUUUGCGGGUUUGCUGUUCUGUUUCGGUUGGUUUCAUUUGCUCGUGCUUGUUCAGAUCUCGCAUUGAUUACAGCGAGUUCGAAUCCAAAGCUCGAGCUCAAUCGGCGCUGUUCAAUUUCAUUCCAUUUUAUUGGGGAUAUUGAGUUUACAUGGUUGGUUGGCUUGUUCUAACAAAUUAAUGAUCGUUGGGGGUGUAAGGCAUUGGCUCUAAGGUUGGGCAACUACUUGGGAGGGAAGAAGAAGGUGCUUUCUUCCGCUGUUGCCUUGUUGCGUGGUUGUUCUGUUAAUGUCUCGGAAACUAGACAGUCCUGUGCAGACUCAAAUGGCUGUGGGAGUGAUAAGGAGUAGUCCUCUUGGGAGAGAGUAUCAUGGGAGGCAACCCGCUGGGAGAAGACGUGUGUUUGUGCAAACUGAGAAGGGAUGUGUGUUUGGUAUGGAAUUGGAUCGUGGUGACAAUGCACACACUGUUAAGAGGAGGUUGCAGCUUGCUCUCAAUGUUCCAACUGAAGAGAGUUCGUUAACUUUUGGGGAUAUUGUUUUGGAGAAUGACCUUAGUGCUGUUCGUAAUGAUUCCCCUCUUUUGCUUACUAGGAAUAGGAAUCUCCUUCAUAGAAGCUCCUCCACGCCGUGUCUUUCGCCCUCCGGAAGGGACAUCCAGCAGAGGGAUAAGAGUGGUCCUAUUGAGACAUUGGGGCAAUCCAACCGCCUUGAUAAGAUAAAGCCCAUUGUUAAGGAGACUAUGAAGGCGAUUAAGAUGGGGAUUGAUCCAAUUCCUGUGCAUAGUGGGCUUGGAGGGGCUUAUUAUUUUAUGAAUACUAAGGGGGAAAGUGUUGCAAUUGUGAAACCCACGGAUGAGGAGCCUUUUGCCCCGAAUAACCCGAAAGGUUUUGUUGGGAAAGCAUUGGGACAACCAGGGCUGAAGCGAUCCGUUCGGGUAGGGGAGACUGGGUUUAGGGAGGUUGCGGCGUAUCUCCUUGAUUAUGAUCAUUUUGCCAAUGUGCCACCAACGGCGUUGGUGAAGGUUACUCACUCGGUGUUCAAUGUUAAUGAUGGUGUCAAUGGUAACAAUAUGCGGAGGGGAAGGCCGGUUAGCAAGAUUGCGUCUUUCCAGCAGUUCAUUCCUCAUGAAUUUGAUGCAAGUGAUCACGGGACAUCUAGCUUCCCAGUUGCUUCGGUGCAUCGAAUAGGGAUACUAGACAUUAGGAUUCUUAACACCGAUAGGCAUGGUGGGAACUUGCUAGUUAGGAAAUUUUGGAGUUUUGGGCAUGUGGAGUUGAUUCCCAUUGAUCAUGGACUCUGCCUGCCUGAAACUUUGGAGGAUCCUUACUUUGAGUGGAUCCAUUGGCCCCAGGCUUCGAUUCCGUUUUCAGAGGAGGAGCUUGCCUACAUUGCUAAUCUUGAUCCUUAUCGUGAUUGUGAUAUGCUGAGAAUGGAACUACCUAUGAUUCGAGAGGCAUGUCUUAGAGUCUUGGUUCUCUGCACCAUUUUCCUCAAGGAGGCUGCUGCUUUUGGUCUUUGUCUCUCUGAAAUUGGUGAGAUGAUGACGAGGGAGUUCAGGAGAGGUGAGGAGGAACCGAGUGAACUUGAGGUUGUUUGUUUGGAGGCGAGGAAGAUGGUGGCAGAGAAGGAGGAACUGUCUCCAAGGACUGAGUUAAGGGAUGAUGAGUUUCAGUUUGACAUGGAUUGCGACGAAUUUGGAUCAUAUUUCACGCCAAAGGUGGUGAUGGAUGACCCUCUUGCUAGAUCACCUUUUCAGCCUGCACUUGGAAAUGGGCAUGCCCGCAAUCCGCUUUCCAAAUUGGAUGAGUGCAUUGAGGAGGGAGAGGAGGAGGAUAGUGAUGGAGAAUCUCCUCAGGGAUUUGUUACUUCUUCAGCUCAAGAAAAAAUCCCAAAUGUUUCAGAACUUUCCGUGUCACUGAAAAAUACCAUGUUAGAUGGGAAAAACCAGAAAUAUUCUGGAGGAAUAGUGGAUAAUGGGCAUUCUGCAAAUUCAUCAUCUGGUCAUAAGAGUGCGAAUGAGCAGCUUCCUGCAAGCAUAAGCUUUGUCAAGCUUGCAGAUAUGAGUGAGGAUGAAUGGACAUUGUUUCUGCAGAAGUUUCAAGAGCUGCUGUAUCCGGCAUUUGCCAAGAGGAAAUCCAUAACCUUAGGUCAGAGACAGAGGCUUGGUACUUCGUGCCAGUUUUGAGGUUGAGCAAUAUGUGGUAUGGUAGAGAGGAGUAUAGGAUGGAGAAGAAUAAGGCUUUAUAGGUUUGAGGGAAUGAAAGGAUAAGUUAGUUCUGGUUUAUGAGGUUUGAAUGAGAGUGCUUUGGUUGGAAGAGAGGAUAGGAAAAACCUGCUGUAAAUAUGCUUGGCGUCAGCUAAGUGGUGAGCCGGUUAGUUGUUUGUAUUUUCAUUUUUUAUGAUUUCAUUUCUUCUUUGCCCCUUCCUCUUAUCUUUGUAGGAUAAAAUUGUGAAAUGAAAUAUCUGUAUAUAAUGAAAUGACUUCUGUCCUCUAUCUUUCUUUUUUUUUCCCCCCUUGAUUUGGUUCCUGCAUAUAUGUUUGUUUCUGGUUAACCUCGUAGCUCUCUGGCUGCAAUGGUAGUUCAAGUUAUUGCUUUAACUUUCUGCACUCUGAUACUUGGGAGGAUUGUUAGGAGAGAUAGGACAGCACUAGGACAAUUUUAAUUUUUUUUAUUAUUGAUUAAAAAUUAUUAUAAAUUAUGUGAAUCGUAUUUCUAAUUUAAUAAAUCUUAGUCGAGUAUAUUAAAAAAGUAGCUAUUCUUGUUGGGAUUGUUUAUCUACUCGUUAGGAUUGUUUAAUGGCUGGUGCGUGCGUGGCGAGGCGGGAAAGAUAUCUUCAUUAUUCUGAGGUUUUGAGUUUUCGAAAAUUUGUAAGGUUUAAUUGGUCUUGGUUUCGAUAGAAAUAAUUUCGAAAGAC